AUGCCGCUACCACCAGUUGCAAGAGAUGAGCAGCUGCGUCAGGGACAGGCAUCUGGGAACCGUACAAGUGAACCACAAUCGAACCACCACAACGGCCGCAAGCCUGAGCCUGCGCCCUUGACAAAAGUCCCCAGCGGCCCCGGGCCAUCGACCAAUGCACUGCAACUAGGGCUGCACCCGCGCUCGUUCGAUGAACUACACAAGGAGCGUCUGCACCUCCUCCAGAUGCUGCAGCAGCACGACCAGAGUGCCACUGAGCUAUCCCAGCGGGUCCCCGCCGUCGAGGAGCAGAUCAACUACUGGACCGGGAGCACGGAUGAGCUGCGGGAGACAAAAAAGCACAGCGGAUGGCUGCGGUAUCGCAUUUCGGAGACCGUCGAGGAGGAACGGCGGAUCCUUGCGCGCCUGAGCGACCUGUACGUCGAGAUCCAAUGUCUGGAGCGAUGGUGCAAGGCCGACAAGGACAGGGAGAUGAGAGAUACUCGGCAGCGGCAGCAGCAGCAGCCCCGACCUAUGCCCGCCUAUGAGUCUUUUGGUCACUCAUCUCCGCCCCCUUUUUCAACACCAUCAGCGCAGCAUCAUUAUCCCAAUGUUCUUGUUGACCCCUAUCAUUACCAGCAUCACCCCUCUAUUCCCUACAACGCCCCCUGGGAGGAUACGCAAUGCGUUCCAAAGCCUGGCAUGUAUGAUGGAUCGGGGGAUACGCCGCAAUAUGCCACGGCACAUAUUCCUUUCCAGAGUACACCCGAAAGCGGCACCCGUCGCCACCACGGUUUGUUCGAACUAGAUGACACGGCCAUGGGUAUUUCACAAGAUGGCAUUUCUUCUUGCGUCCGACAACUAGGCGACCUGAAGAUCGAACAGGAACCCAAACCGAAGAACCGCGUGAGCAUGCCUUCGCUGAGCUGUACGCGGGAAAUAGGGGACUGGGAGGAUAGUGAGGACUAA